AUGCCUCGAUCAAGCUCCUGCGAGUACGAUGUACAGGCGCCACCAGCAUUUACCGAGAGCAUGCAGCUACAAUGGUGCGGUAUGAUCACUAACGAGGUCGCCGGGCUGAAGCAGCAAGAAGCGAUAUCGACGGUGCUCCCACUCGUUGAUGCCAUGUACAAGCAAGCAAACAUUCAAGCGGAUCCGGAGUCUGCGUUUCCCAAUCUGGACCAACUCACCCAAGAGCCGUCUGCCCAUGCCGCCCUGACUCAGAUGAAGGCGAACUACCCGCUGUCUGGUUCGAUGGAUCUAACGGAAGAAAACAUAAGGACUGUGUAUGGUGACCAUAUUCAGGCUGCGUGCGCCGAGACUGGCGUGCCGGAAGACAUUAUCGUCACCAUGAUCUGGGUUGAAUCCAAAGGCCACCCUCUCGUCUAUGGGGCUCUGACACAAAUGGACCACGUUGCCUGGGGUCGAAUGAUGGACAAGAACGUCAAUCUCAAGAAUCGUUACAUGCCGGGAGACAAUAUCAUGGCUGCCGCGAUGUACCUCAGGGAGUCGAAGGACACUUUCGAUUGCGACUGGCAGACUGCUUACACUCAGCACUACCAAGAUCCCACCGCUAAAGCGAGAGGCUACUGA